CGCCCGUGCCGGACGUGGCAGGCGAUGAGCGCGUUCCAGGCAACGGCGUCUCGCGCGGGCAUUUCGUCGAACAGGCGGGAGGCGGCGCCUGGGAGGCCGGCUUUUGCAUAGGCUGUGAGCAGGGCGGUCGCCGGGAUGGGGCUGGAGAGGGAAGAAGACUUGAGCAGCGUGGCGUGGAUUGCGGAGGAGUGGGAGGGGUGGGAGGAGAGGCGGCGGAGCAGCGCGGAGAGAGGCGGCGGCGGCGGCGCACGAGACAUUUGCUGGGACUUGGAGGCCCCAAGAUGGGGCAGCUGGGCCAAGUUGCUGUUAUCAGUAUCACAAACACGAACUCGCUCAAAUAAGCAGUCAGCGCGAGCGAUGCUCCGCCUCCAAAGCCACCUCCUCCGCGCCGCCGCCUCUCCCCUCCACCGCUUCCACCUCUCCACCGCCGCCGCCGCCGCCUCCACAACCCCUGCCCAGUUCGUCGUCGAGGACUACCUCGUCGCGUCGUGCGGCCUCGCACCAGCGAAAGCGCUCAGGGCCUCCAAGUACCUCUCCCACCUCAAGUCGCCUGCCAAUGCCGACGCCGUCCGCGCGUUCCUCGCCGACGCCGGGAUCGCCAAAGCCGACAUCGCCUCGGCCAUUGCCUGCUUCCCUCGGCUCCUCUGCUCCAGCGUCGACAAAACCCUAACCCCCCGCCUCGCUCAGCUCCUGGACAUGGGCCUCUCCCCUCCCCAGAUCUCCCGCCUCUACGCCUUCGCGCCCUCCCUCAGCCCCGCCCGGAUCUCCCGCCUCGCCUUCUACCUCUCCUUGCUGGGAUCCUACGACAAGGUGGAGGCUGCCAUCAGGUUUAACUUCUCCCUCCUCUCAAGAAACAUUGACACCGUCAAGCUCAACAUCGCGUUCCUGCAGCAGUGCGGACUAACCUGUGACGAUAUCGCCGACCUCUACGCGCGUGGACGUACCGGCAAUCUGCUCACCAGCAGUUUAGAGCAUGUCAAGGGAAUGGUAGCAUGUAUCGAGAGGCUAGGCGUGAGCUGCGACUCCGGGAUGUUCAAGGCAGCCCUUGUCACCGUCUGCAACCAAAGGCCUGAGAGGAUUACCGCGAAACUCGAGUUACUGGAGAGGGCUCUUGGAUGCUCGGAGGCCAGGAUGGCCGUGUGCAAGCUGCCCACCAUCCUUAACCUGUCGGAGCUCACGCUAGGCUACAGGGUGGAGUUCAUGAGGACCGAGUUUGGGUUAGAGCCUUCAUACAUCGCGCACAGGCCUGCCAUUCUCAUGUACAGCUUGCAGAGGCGGCUCAUCCCACGGCAUUUUGUCAUCCAUGUUCUCAAGUCCAAGGGCUUGGUCAAGAGAGACAUUGACUUGUUCCACGUGUUUUGUAUUACCCACAACAAAUUUGUAGACAAGUACCUUGACCGUCGGUGAAUGUGUUCCAGGGCACUUGCAGCUGCUUAUCCUGCUGCUUGUGCAGAUGCUUCCCCGAGUUCAACAGUGAGAGAUUGAAACAUGGAUGUGAAGGUCUAUUCUAAUUACCAUGUUGGCCUAAGUUGAUGUAUUGAAGUCCUCAGUUCUGAAUGGAAGUCUAGGGAUUUGAUUAAAUUUGCUGUGGCUGAGCUUAUAAUUUAUUUCUUAUUAUUAUUCAUGAUAUUUUGGUGGAUUAUUGUUC